AAAAGCUUGUCGAACUCCGUGCGGCAGCAGCGGUACAGAGGAAGAGAAUCAAUGAACUGAUCUAAAAGCGUUUCCCUCUAGAGUCUCUGUCACUGGGACCAACUCUUGGCGGGGGGAGAUCCUGAGAUUGUUGGCCCGCAGAAGUCGAACCCUGCAGUGAGACUACAGUUGAAGAGAAGUCGCCAGGAGCUGCUUGAUAGAGGUUCAAAUCAGGAUUUAACUCGGGCGGAACGAAUGUGUUCAUAGAGGUCUGGACCUCUUCAUUCCUUGUGCAAACCGCUGGCGUAGUCCCUCCGUCUAUUCACAGACUCAGAGAUCCACGCCGUAUAUUAUGGACCGUCUGGGUAGUAUCGAGUUUCCAUCCCUGAAACGUGUCGAGUUCGAGUUAAAGGUCAAAGCUUUUCCUAAUUUCCUUUCUGCAACAAACGUCCCCGUUCUCGAGGAACUGAAGGUCAGCAUCCUCCAUCAUAAUCUACGUUCACCGCUUAGUGUGUUUUACAGUGAAAUUCUGUGGCUCUGGACUGUAUCAGGUUUAACGACUCCGCAGGUACGUCACUUCAAAAACUCAGUACUCAUUCCGGUUCUGACACUGGUCUCAUUAUCCCUUUCGGGUUAUAAACCACCGAGGUUACUCCACCCAAACAGUGUUCACUUUCCCGUCCUUGAGGUCUUGGAAAUCAAGCUCGGGGAUGCAGAUGAUUUCUUCAAAGCGAUUGCAACCCCGAAGCUCAAAUUUCUCGACUACACUGUUGGCUCGGAAAAUCCACUCCCCACCUGCAGCAGCCUUGGGAACAUGUUAAAUAGUGUCAACCACGUCUCUCACGAUGUUUAG